CGGCCCACGGAUUCUGAUAUAACGGGAAAUGAUAACAUGUUUUGGAAUGGCGUAACGGCGGGAUCGCGGCGUCGUGGUGGGAAGAUGCGUAGGGCAGAGUUAUUGGGCGGUGCUGUGAUCGCGGCGGUGGCGGCGACUCUGCUACUUUUUGGAAACGGCGUCGUUGUGGAGGCUUCGGCUUCGUCUUCGUCAUCGGCGGCGUUCGUGCAGAACGCCAUCUACUCCAACAAGAUUGCCAUCUUCUCCAAAUCCUAUUGCCCGUAUUGCUUGCAUGCCAAGCGCAUAUUUGCUGAACUACAUGAGCAUCCGUUUGUUGUCGAACUUGAUCUUCGAGAUGAUGGAGCUCAAAUUCAGAGUGUUCUAGAUGUGGUGGGCCGAACCACUGUCCCGCAGAUUUUUGUGAAUGGAAAGCACAUUGGCGGCUCUGAUGACCUCAAAGCAGCAGUUCUGAGUGGCCAGCUUCAGACUCUUCUUAGUAUAAAGUCGAGGAGAUAUGUUAAAUGAAGAAGCACGAGCGCAGAUGUGAAGCUGCAUAUGGGGAUUAAUGAGUUAGUUCUCUGACUUUGAUGUACCUAAAAUGAUAGUGAUGUAAAACAUAAUAAUCGGUGUAAUGUUGAAUUAGCACGACCUCAUCGAUUUUCCACAACAUUUGAGAAAUUGUAUGCAUUUGAUAACCAGCAAUCUCAGUUUUCUAUUUUUGUCACACUAAGAUUUUCUGCAAUCCAAAUUGAAGGAAUGGAUUCAA